GAUAUCCUAGGCAUCUCAUUUGAACAGACGAAAAUGAAGGUAUUCGCAUCCUCAUCCUCACCAACUUGGUAGAGAGGUACGAACCAAUCAUGGCAUCAACACUGCCCGGCGGCGAUGCCUGUCCAUCCGGACUUGAGGCAGACCGACAGUUCGGUCCCCGGGUCGAAGUAGCAUGUCGAGAGUUUGACUUCACCCUGCUCUUCGAAGAUGGCUUCUUCAUGCUUCUUCCAGCUGUUUUGUUCAUCCUUUUUGUGCCAUGGCGGUUUUGGUCGUUAUGGAAGAGUCCAGUUAAACUCACUUCAAGGCGGUUGGCUAUGGGAAAAUUCACGCUCCUCUCCGCGCUCUUUACCCUCCACGUCCUCAACACCAUCUACACCACCAAAUCUCUUCGGACCACCCUCUCCCUCCCCGCCACCCUCCUCACCACCAUCUCCCUUGUCUCGUCCACCCUCCUCUCCCUCCUCGAAGACCAACGCACCAUCCACCCCUCCGAUCUCCUGGUAAUCUACUUCUCCGCCUCCACCAUCCUUUUCAUCCCGCGCCUUCGCACCCUUUACCUCCUUCAUGUUCCCCCCAGUUCCCCCAUAAGCCCUAUCAACCCCAUCCCCCAUUUGUUGGUCCUCCAAGUCCUCUGGACCCUCAUCUUCGCCCUCACCACCCUCGUCGCCGUCACCGAGUCCCUCGGCAAAUUCACGCUUCUCCAGCCGCGGUACAAACACAUCGUCGUCACCAAGGAGCAGACAGCCGGGUUUUGGAGCCGUGGGUUCUUUGCUUGGUUGCUACCGUUCUUGCAGGUCGGGUACAAGAAGACUUUGGAGAUGGGGGAUAUUCCGGGGGUGGAUGGGGAGUUGAGGGUGGAGAGCGCGGGGGAUGAAAUGGAGGAGACUUUUAGGAGGUUGCUACUACUACUACUGGCACAACAAAGACAGGCGAAGAGCGGGAACGGUGGGAAGGAGCAAGAGAAGGGGGAAGGAAAGGGAGAGGAGGCUGGGGAAAAGAAGAAGAAGAAAGGGUGGAUGCUGAUCCGCGCGGCGUAUGAGGCGAACAAAUGGCCUUUCUGGUCGGCGGUGGUGCCGAGGUUGGCGUUGUUGGGUUUUAGUCUCUGUCAACCGUUUUUGAUUGAGGCGGUUGUUGGGUAUUUGGCUUCGAGGGAGCGGAAGGAGGGAGAGCGUGCGGAUGAGGAGAUUGAGGCGCCGCAGCCGGAAUAUUUUGGGAGAGCCUUGGUGGGCGGGUUUGUGUUGUUGUAUGUUGGUAUUGCUGUUUCAAGAGCGAUAUACUGGCGACAAACGAACCGGAUGAUCGCUCGAAUCCGCUCAGGUCUUAUCGCUAUGGUUUAUCAUCAUACUACUGCUCUUCGGGUCGUUGACGUCAAGGACUCUGCAGCAGUCACUUUGAUGGGAACGGAUGUGGAACGUAUUGUCACGAGUAUCAAGAAUGUUCAUGAGCUGUGGGCGUCUAUACCGGGCGUUGGCAUUGCCAUCUGGUUGUUGGCUCGCCAGGUAUCGUAUGCUGCCAUCGUCCCACUAGUGAUCUGCCUGGUAUGCGUCGUCGGAGCAUCCUUCAUCGGAGCAGGCACCGGGCCUGCACAAGUAGCAUGGAACGAGCGAGUCCAAAAGCGAGUCGCCGUCACGGCCAACAUGCUUGGUGACAUGAAAGCCGUCAAGAUGUUGGGACUUACCGGCGUACUAGGCAAUAUCAUCGAGGGCUUACGCAGAGCCGAGCUGAAGACUUCAGAAAAGUUCCGCAAAUAUUUGCUUUGGAAUAUCGAAGUUUCCAACGCACCAGGAAACGGUGUCGCCCCCUACGCGACUUUUGUCGUCUAUGGUAUCAUGUCGGCAGUGAAGAAAGACCAAAACCUACUAGCAGCACAAGCUUUCGCCUCUCUCUCGCUCAUUAAUCUGUUAACAACCCCUUUGCUUAUGUUCUGUCAAGCUUUCCCAGCUGCCAUGCAGGCUGUGGCGUGUUUUGGCCGUAUUGAGGCAUACCUGACUAAACAGGAGUUGAAGCAAUUGGACCUAUCCUCGGUUGAAGAUAGGGGACGGUCGGCGGGAGCCUCUUUUGAGAGUGGCACAGAGCUAAGAAGCGUCGUGGGCUCGAGACCGUUCGCCCGUGAAACGACACCUGGGGCACUCGCCUCGUUUGCAGCUGCGGACAUCUCCUGGUCAGCAAAUACUAUCGAGCCAGUACUUCAAGGUGUUAACUUGACUAUCAAGCCGGGGUUUACGGCAGUUAUCGGUCCAGUUGGUUCAGGGAAGUCCACGCUUCUGGAGAGCUUGGUAGGAGAGACGACUUUGCAGCGCGGAUCUGUCACCACCAACUUCUCCCGUGUAGCUUAUUGCCCACAAGCAGCCUGGCUCAUGAACGAUACCAUCCGACACAACAUCACCGGCAGCAGCGAGGACUUAGAGAUCGACCAGAAAUGGUACGAUUUGUGUAUUCUAUCGUGCGGACUCCGUCGUGAUCUCGACGGUAUGGUAGCGGGGGACCAAACAGCCGUCGGAACGAAUGGCUCUUCGUUGAGCGGAGGGCAGCGGCAAAGAGUAGCCCUCGCCAGAGCUGUAUACUCUCGUGCUCCAGUUAUCAUCCUCGACGAUGUUAUGAGCGGCCUGGAUCCAGCAACUGCUAAGGAUAUUACCACAAGAUUGUUUAGCAGGCAAGGCCAUCUUCGUAAGGCGGGUGUCUCGGUUGUACUUGCAACUCAUAAUAAGCGCCUUCUCCCCUAUAUGGAUGAGAUUAUCGUACUCGAAGGCGGCAAAAUCGGGGAUAUCGGCUCAUACAGCGAGAUCCAAUCGCGAGGUGACCUCAAGCUCAUGGCCAUGACCGACGACGACGAUGUUAUCGAGUCCGGGGAGGAGCAGCAGUCUGCAACAGACGAGGUAUCAAGGGACAGCAAAAGCCCGGCCAUGACACAAAAGCCCUCAGACACGACAAAUCGACAACCAAUCAAGCCUAAUUUCGAACGCCGUCAAGGAAGCUGGUCCGUUUACGCCUACUACGCUCGUAGCGCCGGCGCCCUCAGUCUCUCCCUCUGGGCCUUCUUCACCGUCCUCGGUGCCAUAACAUCCAACUACAUGACCAUUUGGAUCUCUAACUGGAGCUCCGCCAGCACCCCUUCGGCCUCCAACCCCGAUCCGCAUCCAAAUCUAGGUUACUACCUUGGUAUCUACACGCUCCUCGUCGUUCUCGCCCAAAUUGGUACCGUAGGCGAGUGCUUCGUUUUCCUCAUCAACAUCAUCAGUAACACGGCCCUGUCUCUUCACACGGACCUUUUGAAUUCCGUGCUCUCCGCACCGCUUUCCUUCUUUUCCCAGUCGUCGUCGUUGUCGUUGUCGUCGUCAUCGUCGUCACCCACAGACUCAAACGGCGACGACAAUAACGACACAAGCUCAGAAGACAGCGGCACCAUAACCAACCGCUUCUCCCAAGACAUGGACCUGAUAGACAUGACCCUCCCCAUCCAAGCCAUCAUGUUCACCAGCGCCGGUUCCUACGCCCUAGUCCAGCUAAUCAUCAUCUGCGUCCUGGGAAAAUACCUAGCCGCCACCGUCCCAUUACUUGCCGUCACCCUAUUUCUCGUACAAAAGUACUACCUGCGCUCGUCACGACAGCUGCGAUUGCUAGACAUUGAAGCCAAGGCGCCCGUGUACAAGCACUUCCUCGAAACAGUAACGGCGGGGGGUGUAGCUACCAUUCGCGCGUUUGGGUGGGAUAAGAGGUUCCGUGACAGACUGGCGAGGAUGAUGGAUGAGGCACAGAAACCGUUUUAUAUGUUGGCCUGUAUUCAGCAGUGGUUGGCGCUGGUGUUGGAUUUGGUGGUGGGCGGGAUGGCGGUUGUGUUGGUGGGUGUGGCGGUUGGGGUGGCGCCGGAUCCGGAGAAAGCAGGGUCGUCGAAGUCGGCUGUCAGUGCAGGGGCUUUGGGUGUGUCGUUGGUGUUGGUCAUGACGUUUAAUGAGCUGAUUGUGCAGGCGUUGCAGGCGUGGACGAGGUUGGAAACGUCGAUUGGGGCGGUGGCGAGGGUGAGGGACUUUGUAAGGACGACGCCGAAGGAAGAGGAUCCGGCCGCAGACUGUGACAAUGGUGGCUGCGUUGGAGAUGGAUUGGCGGGAUGGCCUUCCAGGGGUGAGAUCAAGAUCGAAAAGAUCUGUGCCAGUUACGACAAUACCUCCUCUAACACCAAUAACACCACCACUAGCGGACCCCCAGCCCUCAAAAACCUCACCCUUACCAUUCCCUCUGGGUCCAAACUAGCAGUCAUCGGCCCCUCUGGCUCCGGAAAGACCACAUUCCUCCUCUCCCUUCUACGCAUGAUCCCGCUCUCCUCCGGAUGCAUAACCAUCGACUCCCUCAACAUCUCCACCAUCCCUCGCUCGCGUCACAUCUUCAAUGUGAUCCCGCAAGACCCCUUCUUCAUCCCCAACACCAGCCUAGCCUUCAACCUCGACCCCUUCGGCCAUCUCUCCCACCUGCCCCCUGCUGAGGCAACCGUCAAGAUGGAAUCCGCCCUCCGACUCGUCACACUCUGGCCGGGCCGCGUGACCGCCAACGGCCAGACUCUCGACAGCGAGCUGGUCACCUCGGAGUGGUCCGUCGGCGAGCUGCAGCUGCUGGCGCUAGCGAGGGCGUUGCUGCUCAAGGAUCAGAGGAGAAUCCUGGUGCUGGAUGAGGCGAUGAGUAGUGUGGAUGAGAAGACGGAAGCGGUGAUGCAGGAAGUUAUCGACACGGAGUUUAAGGAGCAUACGGUUAUUGCGGUGGUGCAUCGGUUAACGUAUAUUGAGAGGUUUGAUUUAGUGGCGGUGUUGAAGAGUGGGGAGAUGGUUGAGUUUGGGGAGCCAGGGGCAUUGAUUGAGAAGGCUCACGGUGAGAGGGAGGGAAAUCGUAGUGUUUUUGGGGAAUUGUAUAGAGGGUUUCAUCAUGGAAGUGAUGCCUUGGGGACAGGUUGGGACUAGUUUGAAUAAGAUGUAACAGGUCUAGGGUAUAGACAUGAAAUAGCAUGUACAACACAGCUUUUUCUAUCAGAG